AGAUUCUCUUUAAUUUCCCGCCUAAAGCCUCCUCAACCAUAAGGCCACAUCUCCUGUAAUAAAAUGAAUUCUGAUUCGAGUUCUGUUUCCAGCAGAGCGUCAUCUCCGGACAUGGAUGAAAUGUACCUAAGAGACCACCAUCACCGCCACCACCACCACCACCAGGAGAGCCGUCUUAACUCGGUCUCAUCCACACAGGGCGAUAUGGUGCAGAAGAUGCCUGGGGAAAGCCUUUCGCGGGCAGGCGCCAAGGCUGCAGGAGAAAGCAGCAAGUACAAAAUCAAGAAGCAGCUGUCGGAGCAGGAUCUUCAGCAGUUGCGGCUGAAGAUCAACGGACGCGAACGCAAGAGGAUGCACGACCUGAACCUCGCCAUGGAUGGUCUGCGCGAGGUCAUGCCCUAUGCGCACGGGCCCUCGGUGCGCAAGCUCUCCAAGAUCGCCACACUGCUGCUAGCCAGAAACUACAUCCUCAUGCUCACCAGCUCCCUGGAGGAGAUGAAGAGGUUGGUUGGCGAGAUCUACGGGGGACACCACUCGGCCUUCCACUGUGGGACUGUGGGGCAUUCGGCCGGCCACCCGGCACACGCGGCCAACGCCGUGCACCCGGUGCAUCCGAUCCUGGGCGGCGCGCUCUCCUCUGGCAAUGCCUCGUCCCCACUGUCCGCCGCCUCCCUGCCGACCAUUGGCACCAUCCGACCUCCGCACUCACUCCUCAAGGCGCCCUCUACGCCGCCCGCACUACAGCUGGGCAGCGGCUUCCAGCACUGGGCGGGGCUGCCCUGUCCCUGCACCAUCUGCCAGAUGCCGCCACCACCGCACCUGUCCGCUCUCUCCACCGCCAACAUGGCCCGGCUUUCGGCCGAAUCCAAGGACUUGCUCAAGUGAGCCACGGGCUGGCCCGGUCGGGAGGAGGAAGGGAAAGCUGAGGCAGGGGUCGCAGUGCGGGGGCCAGGAGGGAAGGGGAGACUGCUCGGCCUGCGGGAGGGUGGGCGCGCGGCCCCGAGUCCUCGCCAGCGCCCUAGAGAUCCAGAUUCCACCUGACCCACCCCAGCGGGACGUACCAAAACCAAACUGGAAUACCUAGGUGUUAGUGAAGGGGACUGGAACCCGACGUUCUGUUUUGCAUGCAAGCUUCUUUUCCUCAUGCAGCCCCAGUAUUUCUCACUGCCAUAUGCUCUUGUCAAAACUGCAUUUUGUUGUUUAAAGAUGGGAUGGAUAGGUGGAGUUAAAAACUUGCAAAGGAACUUCGGAGUUGGCGUUUUCUGGCUGUGUUCUUAUCUUGGAGGGAAGAUGGCCAUCCCUUUGUGCAAAGCAAAUGUAAAUAUUUCAUCGAGCUAGGUGCAGUUAUGAUUGUCUCUGCCCUUAUAGUUUUUUUUAGAGACAAUGGAGAGAGAGAGAGAGAGAGAGAGAGAGAGAGAGAGAGAGAGAGAGAGAGACAGAGAGAGAGACAGAGAGAGAGAGAGAGAGAGAGAGAGAGAAGAGAAAUUCAGAAUCCAACUUUUGAAUCUCAGCCCAGGGCAUGAACCUCUUAUGUGGGUUUUUCAUUCCACACAAUAUAGGUCAAAAGAAUGCAUGCACGCUUCUAAGUGAAUCUUAUGUAAACAUGUGCGGGCUAUAGUGCCAUUUUCCUUGUAACAAGGAUUUAUUAGUAAAAUCUCCAAAGUACUCCAUACAUCUGUCUGUGGUUGUAAUGAAAUGAAAAGGGGGCCAGAACGCAAAGAUUCACACUCAAUGAACAUGUGAUUCUUUCCCCAAGCCCAUGUCUGUCCCUGUCCCUCAAAUGUCAUUCCAACUUUAGGGUUGUUCCAAGGGGCUCCGCUACAAAACUGGGCCUCUUCUAGAAGUUCAUCCUACCCCCUUGCCAAAUAAUUCUGCAUGCGGGGUUGGCUCUGUCUGUUAUCCCUCAGCUUUGAAAACAUACUAUGUUUGGGGGUGGGGGGCUGCCACUUUUAUUUUCCUGAACAUUUGCCUGAAAUAUUUUGUUAGGGCCUCAAAGACAAUACCUGUCUUUAUUUUUUAUAUAUUCUUGAUAAGUAUGAUAUAUUUAUUAAUAACCAGUGUUUCUGGAUGAGAUUUCAAAUAAAAAAGAACCUUUAA